AUUACCAGGGGAUUGACUCUGGAACUGAAUCGUCUGUACUCACUCUUCUGCUCACGGAACCCAGACUUUGAGAAAAAUGGGAAGGUGUCCAUAGUGUCUCACUCACUGGGCUGCGUCAUCACCUUUGACAUAAUGACAGGCUGGGAUCCAGUUCGCUUUCAUCAUCCAGAAGCCCUAGAUCCAGAGGAUCCACAGAUCCACUGGCCUACUGAUGAAAAGCACCACCUUCAGGAGCAACUGAGACUAACACGCCUCAGGUUGAGGGACUUAGAGGAUCAGUUCCAGGGUCUGCAGACUUCGUCUUGUGUUCCAGUGCCCGCCCUGAAAUUCAAGGUAGAGAAUUUCUUCUGCAUGGGGUCUCCUCUGGCUGUAUUCUUAGCAUUGCGAGGAAUCCGUCCUGGAAACAAUGGCAUGCAGGACCACAUCCUUCCAAAAUCUAUCUGCAAUCGCCUCUUUAACAUAUUCCACCCUACAGACCCUGUGGCGUACAGACUGGAGCCUCUAAUCUUAAAGCACUACAGUAACAUUGCACCUGUUCAGAUCCACUGGUACAACACUACCAACCCGGCACUGUAUGAUCUGAUCCGGCCCACGCUGCUCAAUCCCCUGAAGGAGACUGUGUCUGUCUCAGAUUCAGAGAGCAUCCCUAGCCCUUGCACGUCUCCCCCCCAGCCCCGGCGGCACUAUGGAGAGUCAAUCACCAACCUGGGCAAAGCCAGCAUUAUGGGUGCUGCAAGUCUCGGAAAGGGAAUUGGAGGAAUCCUAUUUUCCCGCUUUUCCCGUUCCAGCGGCCAGGUGGGUGGAGUGGAGGAGGAGCCAUCAGAUUCUGAGAGUGGGACCUCUGAUGUAAAAAAUGUGGGAACAGGAGAGGAAGAAGUAGCAAUGGCAGAGAAAGAAGACAAAGACAAACAAAUAAUGGAGGAAAGAAGGGAGGUGGAGCCUGCCAUGUCCCAGUCCACCUCAGCUGUCUUGGACAUCACCUCAUUGGAAUUGGAGAGACGCAUUGACUUCGAGCUGCGAGAGGGAUUAGUAGAAAGCCGCUAUUGGUCAGCUGUGACUUCACAUACAGCCUAUUGGUGCUCAUAUGAUGUGGCUCUGUUUCUCCUCACCUUUAUGUACAGACAACAUGAGCUUCCUGAACCUGCUGAAGACAACUCAGACGCCACAUAAGUGCAAAGUGAGAGUGGGACCUGUACGCCUGAGUCAAUUUACUUUCUUUUUCCAACUUUUGAAAUCCAAAUUCAAUUUCAAAAAUGUUGGGAUGCUGUAUAAAGUGUAAAUGAAAACAGAAUUUUCAAAUUUCAAAUUCCGUUUUAUUCACAAUGCAACAAAGAAAACAUAUCAGAUGUUAACACUGAGAAAAUUUACCAUAAAAAAACCAAGGCCUUUUUAAUUUUUUUGAGACUUGUAACCAAGUCUCAAAAAGUUUGCACAGUUUCACGUUUACCACUGUGCACCACUACCUUUUCUGUUGUAGCUGGACUUCUGCGAGAGGAAUGCUGCCUCAUUCUUGUCGGUCUAUGUUGUGUUGCUCUAAAACCUCUAUAUACAUUUCAGCAUUGAUGGUGCCUUCCCAGAUACACAGGUUGCCAAUUGCAUAGGCACAAAUGAAACCCUGUACCAUCAGAAAUGCAGGCUUUUAACUGGGUGCUGAUAACAAGCUGGGUGACGCCUCUUAUCGUUAGUCCUGAGGAUAAGGUAUUCAUGUUUUCCAAAAACAAUUUCAAAUUUCUGUUGUGUGUUCAGAGAACGUUUUUCUAUUUUGUCCAUUCUGAGACAAAGAAUGGACUGAGACUGUCUUCUCUGAGCUUUGACCCAGAGAAAAGUGAUCAUGUUCACAUAUGGCUUCCUUUUUUGCAUAAUAGAGCUUUAAUCUGCAUAUGUAGAUGGCACAACAAACUGUGUUCAGACAGUGAUUUCUGGAAGUGUUCCUGAACCAUGCAGGGAUUUCCAUGACAGAAUUAUGCUUGGGAAUCUAAAGACUACCAAUCUCAUAAAUCCUUGAGGAGACUGCUGUUGUAAUUUGGUACUAUAUAAAUUAAAAUAACAUCACUCUAAAACCCUAACCACUAACCCUCUGAAUGCGACUUGUUGUUGGUUCACUGCUGUAUAGUUCUACCUCCUUUGCACCGAAUAUAUAUGUGUAGCAUGGCUUCUUUAAUGGUUCCUCCUCCUUUUGUAAUAGCGAUACUAAAUUUAGCCUGUUUGUAGUUAUGGAGACCCAGCACUGCACCCUUGAAAAACCUGUACCUAGCCAGGCCCCUGUAGUUGGUGUAGGAGAAGGUAGUUUUACAAAUGUGUGCCUUAAAGCAGAUAUCCCAUAAACCGGAGAGGAAAUGGUGUUUCGACACUGUGUCAAGCUUGUGAAGUGCAGAUGUUUUGAAACACUGCUCCGAAGCAUGGUUCAAAACACCUGGGUCGCAUGACCACAACUAAACAAGGUUUUGGUGCACUUCACCCCAAUUUCAACCGGUGCCAAACCUGCUCCUUCUAGGCAUUACAAAGCACCAGGAUUCCAAUGUUUCAAGAAUCUGAGUCAUUUGUAAUUACUUCAAUUAAACACUGGAAUCUAUAGUGUAAUCAAUCCAAUAUUAUAUAGAUAUAUACAUAAUAUGUAAAGACCUCUUUUGAAUGAUUACUAGCAUCAAGACAGAGACUGGGGGCUUCUAGCAAAAAGCUGACACUAACACCUGGAAAGCUUCAAAAUCAACCAAAGACGUCCAAAGUUUGAAGGCUUUGAGGAAAAAACGAGACAGACUGAGCUCCAGACAGCUGGAAACCUCUGUGGUUAUUCCAGUAAACACAGCGGUCUUUUCUAAGAAUGAUUUUCUUUGUAAAUUAAGUUGCUGAAAGCAAUAUGACUAUUAACAGAGGAAAAAUUUUGCUGAAGUACACCGAUCACUAUAGUCACAGGCUGCCACCCAUCUUUAAUGGUCCCAAUAUUUUUCUGGCCUCCAAAAUAUGUGUUGAUCAUAAUUAUUAACAGUCUGGUAUGAUGAGUAGCUUUGUUUGGAAUUGUGCAGAGCUCGUCUGUGCCAGUGUAGUGUACUGGUGUAGUGAAGGUUGGCCAGCAGAUGUCAUCAUGGAGACGGGUUACAGAUUGUUUCAAAGCCUCAAUACAACUCUGGCACAAAUGCUUUGAGUGUUUCAGUGUUUCACAAAGUCCCAUCUAUAGGUUUGAUUUACCCAAUUAUAACUGCCCUAACACAACAAACACAGGGGAUAUAACUACUGGCUGAUCAGUCCAGGACGUAAGCACAUAAGGUAAUAACAAAUACUAACAAAUUAUGUAACACCAAACAAAACAAAAUAACUGUUAAUUUAAUAACCUCUUCAAAUCAAUAAUACUGAACAACAAUGCCUAGUGUGAGUCUAUAUAUUAGUAAAAACUAAAACCUGUUUGUAGAUUCUGUGUUACCCAGAGAAUAGCUUUGUGCGCCAAUUCAAUUUUAAACAAUUUUCUUAAAGGCCACUUUACCUAACUCAAAGCAUUCAAUGGAGAUGUGCCAUGUACAUUAGCUGAACUGUAAAGACACAAGCAUGCAGAGAAUCUGACACUAACACCUCACACUAAAUUUGCUAAUGUACUAUGCAUACAUUAGAAUUCAGAGAAAAGUUUAACCUGCCAGUUAAAUGUUUUAACUUGUUUUCACUGAUCCCUUGUAAUAUGUGUUUGCACUUUUGUUUUUUAGUUGAAACCCAUUAUAUGUGAUGUCCUAUAUAUGCAUCGGUGUAGAGAAUUUGGGGGCCAACAAAAAUUAGGAGACAGCUAACAACAACAAAAAAACAGUUUCAACCAAGAGAGGUCUAGGUUCUGCACAGUAAGGAUAAAUUAUAUAUCCUUUCUGUGUGUAGAACAGUUCUGAAUUUGAGAAUAGGUUGUUGUUUGUUUGUUUUUGCAUUUUUAGCUUGUACCUUAAAAAGUCCAGUCAGCUUGUCAAUUGUUUUGAAUACCAAAACCUACAAAAAGUACCCUUGAAUUCAAAUGUACUAUUAUUUUAAAUGUUUAUAAAAAAUAUAGUGAUGUUUUCAUCCUCAGUUUAAUAUUGAAUAAAAUCAGAUCUAAUAUCAAAUAUGUUGGACAUGAAAUAUUAUGUUUUCUAAAAAUUGUUAGGAAAAGGCCCUAAAUGUCUGAUGAUGUGGGGUGGCCAAAUACUCUGCAUUGCUGUAAAAUGUAGCAUAGCAAGGAUACAUGGUAAAUGAAGACGGUUUUCAUGAAUGAUGCAUGAUGAUACAUACUGUAUGACUUUAAAUCAUAGAAUCAUUAGAUUGCAUUAUUAACAGUACUGGGUGGCAGACUGCCCUUUAACUAUCACUGGUGCUGAUGGUGGUCCCCUUUGCUGCGUGUAUCUUUUGCGUUGGAAUGUGACUGGAGGCUUUUCUCCUUUUCUGCAUUACCCCGUGAUAGGUUUGUAGCUUAAACCCAUUCGCUGGAACGUUCAAGACAAUUCAACUACACAGCAAAAGCAAGACGCGAGUAGGCAAAGUUCUUUGUGUUACUCAUGCAUGAGGGAGGCCUGCCUCGUUCCACCCACUUGACCUCCGUCAGCCUCUCAGCCCGGUUCCCUGUAGCACUCCUUUUAUUGUGGUCACAUGAAUAUGCAUAGGUUCAUUAACAUAUGACGUUUCAUAUAGGUAUACAUGUGGACAAAGAAUACCUGUCUGUGUGUGUGUGUGUGUG